AUGUUGCGUUACAUUCUCGCUUCUGCCGUUUUGGCAGUUGCUGUUUUGGCAAAAGAGAGCCCAGAUCCAGAAGUCAACAUGACUGUCCCUCAAAUCAUCAACAGAUGGGGAUAUCCUUCUGAAAUUCACUAUGUUUUGACCAGUGAUGAUUACAAUUUGGAAAUCCAUCGCAUUCCUUACGGAAAGGGACAAUCCCCCGGAGGCAACAGACCUGUUGCUUUCCUUCAACAUGGGCUCGAAUGCUCUAGCUCAUCUUGGGUUACAAAUCUUCCUGAAUUUUCAUUAGCUUAUCUCUUGGCUGAUGCUGGAUACGAUGUGUGGCUUGGAAACAGUCGUGGUAAUCUCUAUGGUAUGACCUCUCCUUCUCUUGAUCCCAAGAAGCACGAAUUCUGGAAGUUCUCAUUCGAUCAAAUGAUCCAUUAUGAUAUUGAAGCUUCCAUUGAUUAUGUUUUGCAAAAGACAAACCAAAAACAAGUUUAUUACGUUGGACACUCCCAAGGAACUUUGAUUAUGUUCGGAAAGCUGGCUAGCAAGCCUAGCUUCGCCAGCAAGAUCAAGCAAUUCCAUGCUUUGGCUCCAAUCGGAACUGUUGCUAACAUCACUGGAUUCUUGAGAUACAUCGCUGACGAUCUUUAUCUCGAGACUGAGGUUCUUCUUGAACUCAUUGGAAGAGAUCAAUUCUUACCAGAAACCGGAUUCGUUCACACCAUCGAGAGAAAAUACUGUUACGAUCCUUUCGCUGAAGAGGCUUGUGAUAACGUUCUUUUCUCAAUCUGUGGUCCAAACAGUCAUCAACUCAAUGCCACUAGAACUGAAGUCUUCCUCGUCGACGAACCAGCAGGUACUUCAUCCCAAAACAUUCUUCACUGGGCUCAAAUGGUCCGUUCCGGCAAAGUUCAAAUGUAUGAUUAUGGAGAGAAAUACUUGAACGAGUUCCAUUAUGAAGGAAAGUCUACCCCACCUCUCUAUGACUACACUAAGAUCAAGAACGUUCCCAUUUACCUUUACUGGUCUGAUUACGAUUGGCUCGCUGAUGAGGCUGAUGUUCAAAACUACCUCUUGAAGGCCCUUAACCCUCAAUGGCUUAAACAAGUUGUUAAGCUCGAUGAUUUCAAUCAUUUGGACUUCAUCUGGGGAGAGAGAGCUGCUGGUGAAGUUUACAAGCCAUUGAUGCAAUGGAUGAAAGCCGCUUAA